AUGGCGUACACGGUCGACUUGGGGUCGGAUAUCUUCUAUUCUACCAAAUGUGACUUAUAUCUUACCCUGCAUACCUCAGUGGAGAUGCUCAUCCCUGCAGGGGCUACAAGACUGCAAUCUGUUGAAACCCUCAAGAACGUACUCUAUUCCGGUACAAUAUGGGUGGAUCAGGCGCCCGAGCUCAGACUGAAUAUUCAUGUCAGCGCCGAAUCGGGCUUGAGCCGACCAUUGUCAAUCCUUACCUCUCAAAUUGGGGACGCACUAUGCAACUCUCAGUGCUGGUUGGAACUAGGUCUUGGGGCUCUUUUCAAAAACUGUGACCAUUGGACCGAAAAUAGCUCCUCUACAACUUUUCGGUUGUCGUUCGGAUUACGUAGAAGGCCUGGAGGGUCUGUAACAGCUGAAACAUCAAAACGUCCAGCUUUGGUCAAGUCCUUUACCAAUGCAGUUCCUCCUUUAUAUACUCCAGCUUUUCAUAUAUCUGCAAUUGAUAUCUCGAUGAUCUAUAGUCGCCGCAGUCAACCCCUGCGGUAUAUAUCAUCAUCUACAGCGCCCGAGAACUGUGGAGCCACGCCACGCAUGGAAAUACCUUAUCUCGUCGACAAAGUUGUUGAGCAUUCUCAAGAUUCUGCCUCUGCAAGUAUUCUACUGGCCAACGACACCUGCCAAGUCUCGGAGUUCAUAUCCUUGUUCAACAUCGGGUUCAGCGCCCUCGUGCGUGAUGAUCCGCCCAGGAUUUACAAGUAUCCAACGCUGAAGAAGAGCGAUUUACAGUCUCUUUCUCGAAUUGCGCCUUCAGUAUUCAGUCUUAGAUACCGCGAAGCCAUGAAUGAACGGUCACAACUAAUGCCCCUAAUCGCCAAAUCGAUGUGUUCUAUCUUAAAGUCCACACAAAACAAAUCGCUACAAGAUAAAGCUGCUGCCCUUGAGACAUCACAACGCCGUCGACUUGAUGGCUUAUCUUCCGUUCCCGAGGUCAUGGAUAUGAAAACAACGAUAAUGACCUCCCUUUGGUGCAUUGCCCAAAAGAAGCUCUAUAAACCUGAAGCUUCGCGAAAGCUAAGCCCAUUAUGGCCUACACUUAGGCCGUGCAGCGUGUCUCUGCUUCAGAGAUACACCGUAACCAAAGAAUACAUCGAAGAACACAUCCAAUUCCACGAUGACUGGGACAUCGACGAAACAGAAACAUCAGACUGUUAUCUAGGCACAAAUGGAGAUAUUGAAGUAUACAACCCAUAUGAAACAAGCAUUUUAUUGUCGGAUGGGAGAAAUACCUCGGUUUACUCUGAUAUAAUGGAAAGCCAGAAAAGCGAAUUUGAUUGUCUGGAAUAUAGCCCUACAACACCAAAUUCCUCCUGGGAAACUGAUCACGGCAAGCAAUGUGUAUCAACAGGCAAAUCACUAUACGUAGAUCGGCUGAGCGAUGAUGAAAUGCUUAUGUCGGAUCGUUUCGACGAUUACGUAUCAACUUCAUUGCCUAUUUCAUGUAUAUCCUCUGACAUCGAUGUAGAGGGGCCCUAUGGUAGAGAAAGCGAUGAUAUGUUGGGCGACCAGUUGUGA